GUCACCAUGGUCGAGUGCACCAAAUGCGGCAAAGACUCGAGCGAUUACGCCGGCUUCGCUAAGACCGCUGUAGCCUGCACGGCAGCAGACUGCGGAACUGCAGGCCGCGGAUACAAGAAAUGCCACGCCUGCAUCUUUGUCAGCGGGCGCAUGGCCAAAUGCUGUGGCUCGAGCGAGUGUAGCGGCACGGGCAAGAGGAAAUGUGCGACCUGCAAGGGCACGGGCGUCGAAAAGUACGUCAAGAUGGCGUGCACCGCGACACACAGGAAGCGAACGACGCCGGUCGGGGGCCGUUCUUAG